CGUCUUGCGUCACUCCCAGUCGACUGAGAGGCAGCGUUGCGCGCAGCUCACCGGAAAGAGCGCAUGACUUGUGUUUAUAAAGUUGAAAAAUGACGGUGUGUAACUUCUUUCUUGAAGGUCGCUGUAGAUACGGAGAAAAGUGCUGGAAUGAACACCCGAGAGACGGAAGAGGAGGAGAUUACAGAGGAAACCAGCAGCCCAACAGAGGAGGUUUUGGGAACCGUGUGUGGGUGAACCCGGCUCAGCGCUCCGCCGGCGACUAUGUCCAGCCGUCCUCGUUCUCUCGCGGCGGGAACAACGACUGGAGCCGAGGAGGAGGAGGAGGAGGAGGAGGAGGAGCAGCGCCGCAGGGCAUCAAGAGCUCAGACUUCAGCUUCAGCCAGAACAGAUUCUCGGCGCUCUCCUCACACACUCCGGCGGAGAAGGACCGAGGACAGAGCUCAGCCGACGACGUGGAUACGAUCCAGAAGGACAUGGAGAUCUGGCAGACGUCGGGCCAGUGGCCGUUCUCCUGUUAUUCUGCUCUCAAAGGCCGGAUCUCGGGGUUUGUGGAGGUGUCUCCCGAGGAGCUGAGGCUGGAGUAUUACACGGGCCGAGCGUCCGGUGACUUACAGGCUUACAUGAACUCUGUUCAGCAGCUGGUCGGUCAGUGGAGCAGCAGAGUCCAGGAGCUGCGGGUCAUGAGCGGCUCCACCCGGAUCAGUGUGGUCUCGGAGCUCAAUAGCCCCAGCUCACCGGCGCAUGGCUUCGGCUCGGCGGUGUCAGGGUUCGGAGACACGUCUUCGUCGUCGUCUGGUUUUGGAGCCGCAGGCUUCGGUUCUGGUUCACAGAGCAGCAGCACCUUCAGCUUUGCUCCGUCUAAAGCGGCCUUCGGGUCAGAUUCCCAGCAUGCCUCUGGGUUCGGGAGCGCCGCGUUCUCUCAGGCGUCGCCGGGCUUCGGCGCUCCGGCUCCUCAGGCCGCAGCCUCCUUUUCCUUCGCUCCCCAGGCCGCAGAAAGCAAAGCCGGCCCCGCGGCGUUCAGCUUCAAGCCGUCCUCGGGGGGUCUGGGCACCGGGUUCGGGUCGUCGGCGCCGGCCGGUCCUCCCGCAGACGGCCUGUUCACGGCUCACACUGAUCUGACCGCUGAAGAGCUGAAGGAGUUCACAGCCAAGCGCUUCACGCUGGGACAGAUCCCUCUCAAACCACCGCCUGCCGACCUCCUCGUGGUCUGACUCUCAGAACAGGGCUCUUCUUAAUUCAAUAUCGUAUAUUAAGCGCAUUUAUGGACUAUGUUUCUGUGUUUUAGGAGACUUUCUGCGAGUAAGCACACAUUCAAAAAAAUAUCGGUGAAAUAAUUAUUGCAAAUGAAUAAAUAUUAAACAAUAAAAUGUUAUCCAUGAUAAACCUCAUUUGAGGCAUACAAUCCAUUAAUCGAUUUUCAAUUAAAUAAAACGCCUUCCCAACCUC